CAAAGUCAUAUGUUUUGUUUUUUCUAGACGACGUGUAAUUUGCGCCUGCAAUGACAAUAAAAUUGUAAAAAUCCAAAACAAAAUAAAUUUGAAAAGAAAAUAAAUUGUAGCACAAAAAAAGACAAGACAAUGAACCGUAAAAUGCUGCUGCUCUUACUGCUGGUCGCUGUAACAGCAGCGCACGAUGCCAAAGACUUUGAUGAUUCCGUGCUCUACAAAAUAGAUUUCGAAGUGCCUAAUUUAUUAAGUGAUCCGGAGUUGGGCAGUCAGUUGCGUACUUUUUAUACACAAGAGAAGGAAAAAUACGAGUGUCUAAUACCAGAGCUGGAGACGCCCAAGGAGGAGGAGAGAGCUGACCAGCCAGAGCUGUCUCCUAUUGCGCUUCUGCAGCCAAUUUUCUCGGCAGCCACUUGCUCAUUCCGAAUUGAAGCCUAUUGGUCUUAUGAGAUCUGCCAUGGCCAUCAUGUGCGUCAGUAUCACGAAGAGCGCGAAGGCAAAAAUGUGAAGUUCCAGGAAUACUAUUUGGGCAAAUGGAGCGAAGAGAAAACUGAGCUGGCUAAAAAGACCUGGGAGCUGGAACGUAAAGCCGAUGGCAAGCCAAAGUAUAAGACGUUGAAGAUCGAUAAUACAAGAUAUCCAUAUUUUGAAAUGGAGUUCACCGAUGGAACAAUGUGUGAUAUUAUUGAUGCGCCGAGGACGACAAUGGUGCGCUACGUCUGCUAUCCACAUGGAAAGGAUGAUAUCUAUUCACUCAAGGAGACCUCAUCGUGCAACUAUGAAGCUAUUAUUUUGACCUCAUCGCUUUGUGCUAUACCUGCUUUUCAUGCUGAGGAGACCAAAGAGAUAUCCAUCAAGUGCUUCAAUUCACAAACGGAGCCACAUAAACCAAUUAGUAUGCUCCGCCAAGAGCUGAGCGAAUGGGAGGAGAGCGAAAACGAUUUGCUUGUGUCGAAGGAGAGCAAAGCACCAGCCAAGCUGUGGUCCAAGACAGAUGGCGAUAUGGUUACAUUCAAGUACAGCGGAGAUGUGGAUAAAAUCAUAUUGGAGCUAAUGGCAAAUAGUGAUAUUGAUGUGGAAAAUGAAUAUCAACACUUGAUUUCGCGAUCCGCACAAGGCACAACUCCACCGCCUUUGAAUGAUCUGACACCCAUCAAGGAAUUCAUUUCCGGCAAGAAUUGUCUAACUGGAGGCACCGGCUGGUGGAAGUACGAAUUCUGUUAUGGCCGGCAUGUGCGUCAAUUCCAUAAGGAUAAAAAUAGCGAAGUCGAAUUGUUUUUGGGCUAUUUCUCUGAGGAAUCGCAUCGCUUGUGGGCCAGCUCGAAUCCCGAUAAAGGUGCACGUCGUCCAGGCUUCACUUCAUCCAUAUGGCAUCACUAUGAGAAGGGCACACACUGCGAUCGCAGCGGUCUGCCACGCGAGGUGGACGUUAAGCUAACUUGCACUCCAGUCACCUCCAGUGGCACAGCGGUCUCCAUGUACUUGUUGGAGCCGAAGACAUGCCAGUAUAUUCUAGUCGUAGAAUCGCCCAUCAUUUGUGAUCUCAUGCAUUAUGCGGACGACAGUGGACUUGUGACGGCAGAAAGCUUGCAAAAGUUUCUGGCAACUGAUAAGCCAGCCCCAACAGUUCCAUCUACUGAACGAAAAGCUGAAGCUGAAGAGCAAAUACGAUCCUAAAGUUUAUUGUAAAUACAAACAUAUGAAAAUAUAUAUUUAAUGCUAAGGGGUACUCCCCACUACUAUCUGGACUAAAUUCAUAAGUUUAAGUUUCAUGUAAGACUAUAAAAAUGAAUUUCCAUAUACAGA